AUGGAAUGGACUUCACCGGGCGCGCAGCAGACGCGCUUCAACAUGGGCUCCUCGAUGAGCCACGCACCUCAGCAGCAACAGCAGGAACAGCAGAACGAUGGCAUGGAGCUUGACGAACUUAGCCCGGCCGGGCCUGGUGUCUCGAACUUGAUCGCUCGUUUUGAGGGGAUUCGCGCCGCACCGCCUAGCAGUAGCAAGGUCAUGAGUCCGAUGGGUUCUGUGGCAAGCCCGACAGUCACGAGCCCUUCAUCGGCACAUUUUGGCAGCAUGAACGGCAGCAUGCAUAGCUCAACAAACAUGAGUUCUUCUGGCAUGAGUAGAAUCACAAGUCCUGUCGUCAACAGCCCAGCAACGCCCAAUUAUUUUCGUGCCCCGGAGUCAUUUCGUCCACCAGUGCCACGAAGUACCAAGCCUGUGUUGGGUCGCGCACCGUCUAACAUUCCAUUGUUCACGCCGGACCAACAAUUCGGUGAUGGGAACAAUCGUUCAGGUCCUUCAAACUCCGCCGCGCAACCUCAACUACAACCUCAACCUCGACAGCAAAUUCAACAUCAACAGCAGCUGCAUUUGCAGUCGCAACCUCAGUCGCAACCUGCCCCUCAACCACCCGCUCAACCUCAGCCAGUCGUUUUCAGCUCACGGCAGAACAACCUAACUUCAACAGCGAACGCCUUUAGCUCACAGCAGAACAACCUGACUUCAUCGUCAAAUACAUUUACCUCACAGCCAAGCGACUUUGACUCAUUAAAUCCGUUCGGCUCACAACAGAACAACUUUAAUUCAACACAAAAUGCCUUUAGUCCACCGCAAAAUACAUUCAGCCCUCCUCCGAAUGCUCUGAAUGCCUUCAGUCCGCCCCCUCAACCUUUCAGUCCAGGCCCAUUCAGCCCGGCACCCACACCGUUCAGCCCGGCGACAUCAAGCUUCAGCCCAGCACCCACGCCCGCCCCGACCUUUGUGCCCCCGACCCCGAGUGGAAUGCAGACACCAUUCGGCCCUCCACCUCCCACAUCGUUCCGGGGCCAAGCUCGACAACCAAGCGUCGCACCCAGUGUUGCCCCCAGUGUCGCGCCCACGCCCAAGCCUUCAACGGGCGCCGGUAGUCGACCCUCUCGCGAGCAGGUGCCUGCCGAGGCAUGGGAAUCUUUUAAACUAACCAUCAAACAACUGUACUUGGAAGAAAGACGGCCUCUGAAAGAAGUCAUGCAAAUCAUGGCUGACCAGUAUGGAUUCCAGGCAACGCCCAAGAUGUACAAGACACGGUUUUCGCAAUGGGGAUUUGUCAAGAACAACACUGAGGACGAGGUCAAAAGACUUUUAUCGAUGAAAUUUCAGCGUGACGCCGAGGGCAAGGUAUCCGAAUUCGUACGCAACGGCAGAGUGGUCAACCUGGGCACGUAUCUCAAGCGCAAGGGAGUGACGGAGUACGAUCUUGUCGAUUUCGAAACGCCUGCUCAACUUCCGUCGUACGUGCGAUGUCGUACCCCGACACCGCCGCCCGCUCCGGGUUAUCUGCAGUCACCAGAUCUAGUCAGAGCGCAGGAGACAGUUGUUGCGAACAUGAGGAAGGCCUUCUUGCACUGUCGCCAGUUCGAGGUCGAGACGGAUCGGCAGAUUGGAUGGACAUCAAUCAUGCUUUGGGGCGCCGGAUCGAGCGACAUGUUUACUGACGCGAACAAGAAAUUCGAGAUGGGCGAGCAUGAUGCCGGCGGACACUUGCUGAUGAGGGCAUUCAAGCGCUUAGAGAUGGAUCUCAAGCAACUGUCGCCACAGGGCAUCAAGGAGUUACUACUUGGUAUGGUGCACCGUGACGCCGGCAUGAUGACUGCACUUUGCAAGUACCUCGCGGCCUAUUCGACGACCAAUUUUGAGCGAUCUCAUCCCCUCCGACAGACGUUCUCAACUCUUUACGAAGUCCAGCAGAAGCACGGCCCGAUCACGCUUUCCGAACUCAUUUGGGGUUGCAUCCCAACCAUUGCCGAAGAACUCGAAGCUAUCUAUGGCAGACGCCACCCCUACGUGGCCCGCACAUGGAUCGACCUUGCCAUCUUUUACAACCAUGCCAACCCCGAAAGACUCGAGAAGCUUCUCGCCGAGCUUCAGCCGAUGCGUCGACAAAUAGCUGGACGAUACGGACAGGGUAGCGCGGAGGACCUGUCUCUUCGAUACGCUGUGGUGCAGUUGUUGCAAGCAGCGUGGCCUAACGGCGAUACGACUCGACUAGAGGCGUUGGAUCUAUGGAACGCGAUGAAGGACGCCGGCCUCGUCUUCCCGGUUCGCGGAGCGGAGCACAACACAUUCUGCUUUCACAGUCCGUUGAAGGUUGAUCCGUGGGACAGACGAUGCAGAGACCGAUACGACGUUGGUGUGCAAUUUUUUCAGCAACAUUGCGGCAUCAAAGUAUUGCCGUAUUUCGAGGAGGACAUGCAUUACACGGAGCACGCUCCCGAUUCGCGUUCCGCCUUGGCAGCAGCCUUGGGGCACAUGGCCCCCUCCAAGUUCUCGCUCAUCUAA